AAUUAGACAAACAGUGGCACCAAGCAGAAGUACGUACAGCUUGUAGGCAACCAGCUAUACUGAUAGUAAUACUACAGCCUUUCUUGCUAGCUUUAAGGUGUGUGGCCGUGUCACUGUCACCGAUUCAUGUGAUGCUGUUGACAGAAAAAGAAAGCACGCUGCAUCUGCAUGGAUGCAUAUAGAUAGAUGGAUGGAUCAUCCAUCUGCCCAAGCCCGAUCGACUGGCUUGCCAGAAAGUGAAAGUAAAUCAUCUCAUCAGAAAGUGAUCAGAGAUAGAUAGAUAGAUAGCAAGUGAAAAGGAGCUGAGAUCAGCUCACUCUCUCCCACUCACUCAACUCCUUCCUCUAGCUAUAUAUAUGCACACUGUCGGAAGCUCGGGCAGCACAGAGAGAGACGAUCGAUCGAGCUAGCAUAUUAGCUAGAGUUAGCUCGAUCGAUCCUGCCGGACCGGAGUUAGCAGCUAGCGAUGGGGCGGCCGCCGUGCUGCGACAAGGAGGGGAUCAAGAAGGGGCCAUGGACGCCGGAGGAGGACAUCAUCCUCGUCUCCUACAUCCAGGAGCACGGCCCCGGCAACUGGAGAUCCGUGCCCAUCAACACCGGGCUGAUGCGGUGCAGCAAGAGCUGCCGGCUCCGGUGGACCAACUACCUGCGGCCGGGGAUAAAGCGCGGCAACUUCACGGCGCACGAGGAGGGGAUCAUCGUCCACCUCCAGUCGCUGCUCGGCAACCGCUGGGCCGCCAUCGCCUCCUACCUCCCGCAGCGCACCGACAACGACAUCAAGAACUACUGGAACACCCACCUCAAGAAGAAGCUCGCCGCCGCCAGCUCCACCUCCUCCAGCCGCCACCCAAUCUUCGCCGACGCCACCUUCCCCUCCGCCGCCGGCAGCAGCAGCUCCGAGGUGACCUACCAGAUGCAGGCCAUCGCCGCCAGGCGCUCCCCCUUCGCCGACUGCCCUUCCUCCUCCUACGCCUCCAGCAUGGACAACAUCUCCAAGCUGCUCGACGGCUUCAUGAAGACCGCCCCCCCGUCGCCGCCGCCGCCGCCGUUGCAGCACUACGACUCCGGCUGCUACGACGUCAAGCCCUCCGUCGUCGAUGUCGGCAACCCGUUGCUGUCCUUCGACUGCAUGUCCGGCACCGACGACCUCGACUGCUUCGACGUUCACCAGCAGGCGUCGUUCAUGGAUCAGUACGGCGGCUAUGGCGGGUACGUCGACGAGAGCAAGCAGCAGGUGAGCCAGGCGCCGCCGCCGCUGUCUUCGAUCGAGAAGUGGCUGUUCGACGAGGCGGCGGCGGAGCAGGUCGCCGACCUCAUGGACCUCUCCGAUGGUUGCUGCUCCGUCCCAAUGAUGUUUUAAUUAAUUAGCUGCGGAAAUGAAAGAAUUAAACACUGUCACAUUCGAUACGCAACGCUGUGCACAUCAAUAAUUAAUUUUAUAUUAAUUAGCUACUAGAUGUCUAGGUUAAAAUAUUCUUGUCACUACAUAUACUUUGUAGCUAGCAGGUUUGUAAUUAUAUACAUGUGUGUCAGUGUCACUGGCAUCAAACGUCGGAACAAGAAUAAGAGAUAGCAACAGGUAAUUAACAGGUGUGAUUAUAAGUUCUGUAAGCAUGAUGUAAUUCAUUAUGAUUAUUUGUUGUUCAUUUUUUC